CGGCAAUUUGUCAUUUUUAUUCUCCUACGAAACUCAUGACAAUUCACAUCAUCUGAAAGUCAGAGAAAAUUAAUCGACAUUAAUUUCAAAAAAUUUCCGUGAAAAAUGAGUAAAUGCGACUGCAAAGGCGACAUUAUCAAGGUAAUAAUCCCCCCGAAUACGGUAAACCCGGAGCGCACGACAUUAAUCGAAAUACCGCGUGACCUUGUCGAUGAGGACACUUUGAUUGCGACUCCGGAAGAAGAGGAGCCAGAAUUCGAUGACAGCCAGCCGGAAUUCGAAGGAUGCGGCUGGGAAGAGGAUACCACCACCUUCGGCCCGUACGGCAACAGCCAACAAUCCACCCCCACUCCCUAUUUUGGGACUCCGAACAUUAGCUUCCCCAGCUCCGGAAUGACGCCCAUGAGCGCCGGCUACACCAGAUCGGGGCCGCCCACGUUGUACCAACCGACGCUUAACAGCAGCGUAGGUAUGCCGAGCUUGGGACAAUCAUCGGGCGGCGCCUGCCCGGGCACCCCCAUGGGACCCAUGAGAGGCAUGCCGUCGAAAACUGGGCCAGCCUUCAACAUUUUCAGUGACAGUGACAGGAAGGGAGGAAAAAAAUGUAAGCCGAAAAAAUCCAAGCCACAGGGGCCACAGCAGCCGUCGUUCCCGAUCUACGAGGACUCGCAGCGCAGCGGCGGCACCAGCUACGGACCUGCUAGCUCGUCCAGGAGACCAUUCACAUCCGCCGGCGGAAAUGUCAACACUCCAUUCGGCGGUGGAGCGUGCAGACAACCUUUGAGACAGAUGGCAACUGGACAGGAGAACACAGGCUAUUCAAGAUCAACAUCAAGGAGGCCUGUGUCAAGCGGCAAAGAGAACCAGCCAUGCGAUAUAACUAACUCUUCCGCCUAUCAAUCAGCCGUCGACACUUCGGCCGAUGACUACUACCAGUCGUUUGAUGACAGUGGAUCAGCAGAUUACCAGUGCGACCAAUCGGCUGUUAGUAGCAGCAGAAGCCGAGGCAAUAACAACUGCAAUUGUUGAGCAAUUAACACAAAUAUUGGUCGCCUAAUGUUGCAUUUAACUCACAUAACAGCAAUAUUGUUAAAUAAAAAUUUUAAAACCACAA